AUGAAGGCUUCAGUCAUUGCCUUGAUGGGGAUAUUUAUAACUGGGGCAUAUUCCCAUAGCGGGGUCUGGAAUUACACAGUUGACGGCGAGCAAUACCCAGGGUACAGGUGGUGGGAUGCCGAUGCUGGACAGGUCACAAUCCAGCGUAAGUGGCCGUCGCGAAACCCGUUAUUUACGCCUACGGAUCAAUGGUCAGCGUGUAACAACAAUGGAACUGCCACCAUUCCCAGCUACCAUGCGCCAAUCGAGGCAGGGUCAUUGAUCAGUGCCCAUUACGAAAAGAAUUUCAGUAUACCUGGCGAGAAGGCUGAGCUACAGCAGGAGAACUGGCCGCACGAAUGGGGCCCGAUGCUCGCAUAUAUGACACCCUGCAACGGGCCUUGCGAUCAAGUCAACGCCACCGAGGCGCUCUGGUUCAAGAUUGAGGAGCGAGGCCUCUACAAUGGGACUUUUGUUGAUGGUGUCUGGGGCAUGACUGCCUUGUACAACGGCGAGCCUUGGAGGUUGACGAUCCCCGCCACGUUGGAGCCCGGGAACUAUUUGAUCCGACAUGAACUCAUUGUCAUUCAUACCUUGCCGAUCCAGUAUUAUAUGGAGUGCGCCCAGCUGAAAGUUACUGGGUCUGGCAGCAAUCUCCCUGGGCCCGAGUAUCUGGUGUCAUUUCCGGGAGCGUACAAUGCGUCAGAUCCGGGACUGGAUAUCCAAUUGUGGACACGGGACUAUAACCGCACGGAUUAUAUUACUCCCGGGCCACCGGUCUGGAAAGGUUAA